AUGACUCGGUACGACGAUGACCAUGUCGCCACGGUUCCAUUUUCGUCCUCGUCUUCGUUCUCGUUUUCGUUUUCGUCUUCACACUCGUUUUCGUACUCAUUCUCGUCUUCGUACUCGUUCUCGUCCUCGUACUCGUCUUCGUUCUCGUCUUCGCACUCGUUUUCGUACUCAUUCUCGUCUUCGUACUCGUUUUCAUCCUCGUACUCGUCUUCGUCCUCGUCUUCGUUCUCGUCUUCGUACUCGUCCUCAUACUCGUCUUCGUCCUCGUCUCCGUUCUCGUUUUCGUAUUCGUUCUCGUCCUCGUACUCGUCUUCGUCUUCGUUCUUGUACUCGUCUUUGUCCUCGUCUUUAUUCUCGUCUUCGCACUCAUUUUCGUACUCAUUCUGGUCUUCGUACUCGUUCUCGUCCUCGUACUCGUUUUCGUACUCGUUCUCGUCUUCGUACUCGUCUUCGUCCUCGUCUUCGUUCUCGUUCUCGUCUUCGUACUCGUCCUCGUACUCGUCUUCGUCCUCGUCUCCGUUCUCGUCUUCGUACUCGUUCUCGUCCUCGUACUCGUCUUCGUCCCCGUCUUUGUUCUCGUCUUCGCACUCAUUUCCGUACUCAUUCUGGUCUUCGUACUCGUUCUCGUCCUCGUCCUCGUACUCGUUUUCGUACUCAUUCUCGUCUUCGUACUCGUACGAAACGUUUCGAACAAGUACGAAAACGAGAAUGAGUACGAACUUGUUCGAAACGUUUCGUACGAGUAGCGGUACUUUUUAG